AAAUUUUGCGAGCUCAUCAGGAACUAACUUGAGAUCUUCCUUCAUUGGCAUGGGAUUUUCACCUUCUCUAAUAGACAAAGUAAUUAAAGAGAAAGGGGAGGAAGAUGUUAGCUUGUUGUUGGACACUCUCUUUGCAUAUUCAAUGAAGGUUGUGGAAUAAUUGAACUUGACUCACCAACCUACUGGUUUUUGGUUCACAAGAUCACUGAACCAUGAAAAAUUGGCUCAUGAAAAGACACAUUCUGAAUCAUCAGAUUCGUUGGGUCCAUUGCUUGAUGAAAAUAACUGCAGUAGAAGCCCUCUUGGGUGUGAUGCUGAGAGUCAUUUGCAGAAGUGGACUUAUAGGAACUUUCUGAUUCAUCAUUGACAUGGCGAUGACUGAUGAGCCAAUGGUCACGUUGUACACCUACGCAUGAGAUGAGAUUUCUGCAACUCUGUUGUCAUGAUUGCCAUUGUGACCAUAUUUUUUUCUCUAUGCUUCCAAUCUUAAAAUGACAGUCUAAAUGAAUAAACAUAUAACAUAUGGUUCUUAAAGUGACACACUUUGGGCUAUAGUGCUUUUUUUAGUUUUUGACCUGUAUAUACAAUCUUUCACAAGCAUUGAUGUCACCCUAGUGUUUCUUUUUUUGGUCACGAGAAAGAGCAUUUGCUAGAUGAUCUAUGUGCGGAUUUCCUAUCUAAACAUGUUUCCUGCUUAUCAGAAAGUGAUCAAAUAGUAAAUUUAUUGGACCUAGAAAACGAUUCAUGACGCUACACCUGGUCAAUGAUCAUUGCUAAGUAGAUUGUCCUGCCUUGAUCAAUUAUUGUUAGGAAAAAUUGACAUGAAUAAUCCCAACUUUCAUCGGUCUUCUCAAAAUAAUCCCAACUUUAAAUUAUUUUAGAAUAAUUCCAACAUUAGGGUGUACAUUCUCAAAAUAAUCCGAACUAUUAAUUUUCAACGUAUUAUAGACCUAAAAUGGAUUAGUGCCGGUAAGGAAAAAGAUAGUUUGGCUUAUUUUGAGAAGGUCCUCUCAAAAGUUGGAUUAUUGUGGAAUAAUCUAAAGUUGGGAUUAUUUUGAGAAGACGGGUGAAAGUUGGGAUUAUUCAUGUGAAUUUUUCCUUAUAGUUAUUACCUUGCUUUAUAGCUUAUAGGCUGAUGAACCACUGUAAAGUUCCCGUUUGCUGUCUCAUCUUUCAUACUGAAUCAAUUUUAUUUUGUGUCAUACUCCUUUAUUUGGUGUUGUUUUUGUUUUGCACAGGUUCUGCAAGGAACAAAAUCUAUUUCAUCAGAUUCGUUGGAUAGCUUGCUCGACGAUGACAAGGAUGUAGAAGCCGUUAGGUCCAUUACACCAGCUGCAGAGCUUAGUGCAAAACAGUCUAAAAACACCAUCCAAAGAGUUGGAUGAUGAAUCUAAACUUAUGGGAACAAGAACACUCACAAUUCAACUCAAAGUCACUCGAAACAAGGGAUAGUGCCAAAACACAAGGACAAACUCAAUGUUUUGGGGUUUUAGGCCAGAGGCAAGACCCACUCAACCUAUCCUAAGCUUAUUACUCAAGAACUCACUCAAAGUAAUAAGGGAGCCUGAUGUAGUUCUGGAUCUUGAUGAUGACAAGAGAGCAUCAUUAUUGAUGAUGAACUUCCCUGUUGCUGAGGUUGACUUUGCAAUUGAUAAACUUGGUAGAAGUGCUCCAAUCAAUGAACUGGUGGACUUCAUUAUUGCAGCUCAGAUAGCUGAGAGUGAAAAUUGUGAUGACUUGCCAAAUGAUGUUCAUGUCGACAGAAAUGAGGAUUGCAAUACGGAAGCUUUAUUUGGAACCAUGGACAAAACUCUGCAAUUGCUUGAGAUGGGAUUUAACGAGCAUGAAGUUUCAUUAGCUAUUGAAAAACUGGGUGCGGAAGUUCCCGUCAUAGAGCUUGCCAACUGCAUUUGUGCUGGCCAAAUGGGUGAAUCGUAUCUCCUGAAUCCCAAGAAUACUUUCGUGCCCUCCAAGACAAAACGUCCGUCUCAAGAUGGGAACUGGUACCAUAUCAAGGGAAUGCCUGGCCACUGUAUUGAUUUAUUUUCCAUUAAAGCUGAGAAACUUGAUGAAAACUAUUCUUCUCAAAGGAGUAGCAUGGGCCUUGGGAAUAUGUACGAAAAUAUAAAGCCAAAAGAAGAAUAUUAUGAUGAUUAUAACUUAGACGAUAUAAAGGGUAAAAGGCCAAAAGAAGAAUAUGAAGAUGGCUUGAGCACUUUUGGUGGCUAUACUCGGAAAAAAUCAAGAACCCUGACUAUUAGUAAUAACCCAUUACCACCUAGAAAAAUGCCAGGUGACAAAUAUGGGAUGCCCAAGUUAAAUCCCACUGGGAGAAGUAUCGAUAAAGUGGUUUAUGGACCUCCUUAUUUCUUAUAUGGAAAUGUCGUGAAUCUAUCAACCGAUGGUUGGCAAAAGGUGUCUCAAUUUUUAUAUGCACUUCAACCAGAAUUUGUUAAUACUCAAGACUUCUCAGCAUUAAGCAGAACGGAGGGAUACAUACAUAACCUUCCUACUGACGACCGGUUUCACAUUAACCCACCAUCUCCAAUGACAAUCGAAGAAGCUAUACCACACACGAAGAAGUGGUGGCCAUCAUGGGACACAAGGAAGCACUUAGGCUGUAUAAGUUCAGAUGCUGCGCGGUCAUCUUCGAUAUGUAGUAGCUUGGGAAAGAUGUUGGUGGGCUCUCAAGGUGUACUUUCAGGUGAAAAGCAAACAAAAGUACUAUAUUAUUGUCGUACUAUGAAUCUUGUUUGGGUCGGCCCACAAAAACUCGCUCCCAUGGAACCUGAACAUUUGGAACGUAUUUUGGGUUAUCCAAUUAACCAUACUCGAAAUCCUGAUAUGACUCUGGCAGAGAGGCUCGAUUCCUUGAAGAAUUGCUUCCAAACUGAUACAUUAGGAUAUUAUCUUUCUGUUUUGAAGCCUCUUUUCCCUGGCGGAAUAACUAUGUUGUCUCUUUACAGUGGGAUUGGCGGAGCAGAAGUGACGUUGCAUCGCCUUGGACUAUAUCUCAAAGCUGUUGUUUCUGUGGAGUCUUCUGAGACUAGACGCAAGGUUUUGAGAAGGUGGUGGCAGAACACAGACCAAGCAGGGGAGUUGGUACAGAUUGAAGGCAUCCAGAAGCUGACCAGUAACAAGUUGGAAUACCUCAUGAAAAAGUUUGGUGGUGGUUUUGACCUUGUUAUUUGUCAAAACCCAUGCACAUAUACAGAAAAAUGCUCCACGGUGGUUCCUGGAAGUAGUGAGGUUGCAGCUUUGGACUAUACAUUGUUUUAUGAAUUUGUUCGUGUUCUACAAAGAGUUAGAACCAUGAAAGGAAGAACAUAAUAAGCAUUGAAGUUUUAGUUCUGCUGGACUCAGGUAAUCUUUAAGAUUAUUUGCUUUGGAGUAGAUUCAGAAUGGUGUGGAAAAGCAUUUUUCGGAGCUUGAGAACGUAAUAAGCUUAUGUAGUUUUUUGUGUUUUUUGUACUAUGAUUUUUUUAGUUUAGUGGUUAACAAAGCAAAUGUAACAGUAGCAUCACAUGUUUAUAAAGGAGCUGCUCUGCAAUGUUGUUCAAAGAAGCAUGCUCCCCAGUUUGCUAACGUAUGUUUGACAUUAGUUUGUACUAUUAAAUUAAUAAUUAGUUUUAGUUGAUAAA